AUGAAUAAUACCGAAAGAGAAGAAAAAACAGUUACUGAUUUGAAAGAAGAAGAUGCACAGACUGGCACCAUAGAGAUAUUAGAGGCACCUAGCUCUAGCAGUGAAAGAUUGGAAGAAGCAACACAGCCGGUUAAGCUUACAUUUAGCACCGACAGGUUUAAAGAAGAGCUGAAGACUAUUGCAGAAGAAAACACAAAAUCUGCCCAAAUAGGAAAACUCAGCAGCUACUACACGUUUGUCAGCGCUCUUACUAAUUCAAUAAGAAAAAGCUUGGAGAUUGAGACAUGCCCUGCGAUGGAUAAGGCUCUUUCUUCUUUGAUGCCUAAAAUGGUUAUGCUUAUGCUUGAGGAAGUCUUGCUGUUAGAUAAAUCGAGUGUGACUGAGUCCUACUACUACGACAGACUCUCUAGCAUCAAUACACAUAAUGCUUUAUCGGAAAGUUUCCCUUUUGCCAAUGAUCUGGAUGUGCCCAGUCUCGUGCUGCUGGUUGAAAAUAAAAUUAAUAGCUGGUACACUACGAUUAAAAAAUCAAACAGAGUAUUUUUGUGUGAAUACUUUUUGCACGUUAACAGAAUUCUAUGCCAAAAAAGAUUUAGCAACAGCAUACUAAAUGCAAAGACAAAAGACAACCUGAACGAAUACAUUGCCCAUUUGAAAAACAAUGAUCUGCUGAGCACAGCCCACACAAAAACUAGUAGAGAUAUUUUGUUUGAGAAAAACAAAGAGGGGGUGUACAACAUAGACCACAUAAUAGACGUGUUUCUGAGCAAAGGCGGUGAAGUUGGAGACUUUUUUACCGGCUCUAAAGUGCACGCACUGCCAGAAAUAACAGAAAACGAUAAAAAACUCCUUGUAGCCCUGAGCAAAGAAUGGCCGCUGCUAACGAGUGUGUACUCCGAGCUUAGCAAGGUGAUAGAUGGAAAAGUGCAGGAGAUAGACAGGCACUACCUGACAGGAGUUCCUAUGUACGACAGCGGAUGCAUAGGCCUUCCCUGCCUAACAAGAGGUGCAUACAAUGAGUACAUCGAUAAGGUAAAUAACUUAGCGCACGAAACAAAGCGCCAAUACAAAAAAUAUCCCUAUGUUGUGCGAAAAUACAUAAAAGAGAAAAUGCUGGAUCUGAAGAAGCUCAUAAACCCUCGGCGCACCAUACUGUACACUGCUAGGUCUAUAGACAGCAUAGGCAGCAUGUAUGAAGUCGAUUAUGACGGUGAGUGGUUGGACGAACAAUACACAACUGCCAUUGAAAAAAGGAGAAAGAGAAACAGAAUGCUUCUGACAAUAUUCACUACUGCAGGAUCUUUACUAAUGCUCAGCAUGCGCACAAUAGGAGCUAGCAGAACAUUAGAGCACGUCUAUGCAGCCCCCAAGCUAUAG